GGUUGUGUUGUUUAAGCAAAGAGUUUCUAUGAAGUAGAUACGAGUUCGUAUCAGAUUUCUUAUUAGUAAUUAAUGUUAGAGACUUGAGACACUCAUACACGCCCCCCUUUCCUGACUUCAAGAUGAAAACGUGGACUCUAUGUGGGAUAUUAUUUAUGGAUAUUAUUGUUACACAAGUGUUGGGCGAUCGAAUAGUAAGUGACGCUAAUAAAAACGAAGCGCAACUGUAUAAAGAUUUAUUUACUAAUUAUACUAAUGCCAUAAUGCCAUUGAAGAAUGAAACAGGAUCGGUAACUGUACGUCUUGGAUUAUCAUUGUACAGUAUAAUAGAAAUGGACGAGAUUAGGGAACGAUUGGAUGUGAGUGCCGUGCUGUUUGAGCUAUGGACAGAUGAGAGGCUGGAGUGGGACCCCAGCAGAUAUGGAAAUAUUAAAACUUUAAGAGUACCAGCGUCAGUGGUGUGGAGACCAGAUGUUGUCUUAUACAAUGGGAUGGGAGAUGAGCGUACGUUUAACGACCAAUCAGUAGGUAUAUAUAACGGAAUUAUAUUGUGGAUACCAGCUAUGCGCUUGCAAGCGACGUGUGAGGGAAAUUUACUUAGAUUCCCGUUUGAUAAGCAAACGUGUAAAUUUAAUUUUGGAUCAUGGACAUAUCACGGGAACGAACUUAAUCUUACGUAUCUGGGUGGUAACGCAUUAGAAGCCUACAAGUUAAGUGAAUUUGUUGCAAGUGGGAAUGACUGGAAGUUAUUAGAGUAUACGGCUGACAUACUUGUUUUACAUUACCCUUGUUGUUCCGAGCCAUAUCAUACUAUGGUCUUUACUGUGGUGCUUGAAAGGAAACCAAUGUAUUAUAUACACGUUUAUAUUCUACCUGCUGUUAUCUUGUCUUUAUUGAUUCCUUUUCAACUUUUUCUACCACCAGAAUCAAGAGAAAGACUCACGGUUGGUUCUAUAUUGAUAAUAUCUAAUAUAAUGAUGAUAUUCAAGCUACAAGAGAUUCUACCAAUACAACAUGUGACACUACCAUUACUUGGUAUCUUCUAUAGUUUAAAUCUGAUCUGGUCAUUCCUCUCUUUAAUAGCAACUAUAUGUGUUCUAAAUGUACAUAACAGAGGACCUAGACGAGGCAGGGUGCCCGAUAUCAUUAGAUGGGUUUUCUUACGAAGUCUAAAACGGAUCGUUUGUCUGGGAAAUGACAAUUACUAUCCACUUAGUUCAACUGAUUGUGUUUCAAUGAAAGGUUUAGAGAAUCCAGUGUUGAGCAGCUCGACUGAUGGACAGAAAGCAAAAGAAACUAACAACGGAUAUAAGUUAGAGGCAGAUGUUGAAGAUUUAAACAGACAACUGCAUAUUUUAACAGCACGUGCUCGUACGAACGAAGUAAAAGAGGAAAUGCUUGGUGAAUGGCGUCAAGUAUCUCUUGUACUAGACCGUGUUCUCUUCUUUCUCUUCAUGCUCACGAUUUUGAUAUAUACAGUUGUUUUACUGGGAUAGGAUUUAUUGUAUAUCGAUAUAUACACUUGUUGUACUGGGAUACGAUUUAUUGUAUAUUGAUAUACAGUUGUUCUGCUUGAAUAGGAUAAAUUGUAUAUCAAUAUAUACAGCUGUUCUACUGGGAUAAGAUUUAUUGUAUAUUGAUAUAUACAGUUAUUCUACUGGGAUAGGAUUUAUUGUAUUUUAUGUAUAUUAUUAUAUGUUAUAUCAUCUACUUUAUAUUAUUAUUUAUAUGUUAUAUUAUUACUUCAAAAGCAUCAUAAUAGUUGACACACGUUCAGCUAUCCACAUAGAAUGUCAAAUAGUAAGAGUAGAAUAUUCCCGCCACAAGAUUUUAUUAUUUAAUGCGUUCUUCAAUUCAAUGUAAUUUAUGAUAUAAUGAAUGAGAAAUUAUAGUAUGAAACAUAAACAGUAUAAAUGAGAUGUAGUCUAGAUAAGAUACAGCUCUAGCAAUCUGAUUAAAUUACAGAUCUAUAUUUCGUUUCGUUUUUUUUUUUACUUUCGAUGACCUCUACAUGUACAACAUGAAGAUCUGACCAGUUGUCGUGGGAGGUCGCGUCAGGAGUCUUACCAGCGGCUUUUGACCCUAUUAACCAAUCAGCGUUGAUGUUUCUAGUAGGAUACCCACAGUGGGUUUUUUUAUAAACAACAUUUUUAUUCAUGUUGUCUGAAUCGGAUUGGGGAACAGGCUUAGCCUAUGUAGGUCCCCUCUCCCUGCAACAUAUCGUUUCAUUGGCUAAUCUCUUACAUCAUCCAGAACGCGGGUUGUAUACAACUCUUCCAGAUCCUAGUGUAGUAAAGACAAGUGAAACUAUAAAACGAAACGAAAUAGGAUCUGUGUUUUAAUCAGAUUGGAGCUCUAGAUGAGAAGCGAGACAUUGGUACACAAUUCUAGUUCUUAUUAUAAUGUAUAUACUGGA